AUGUCUCGUUUAACUCUCAUAGUCGCCGCCACGAAGGCAAACGGCAUCGGCCAGAAUGGCAGCCUACCCUGGCGAUUGCCCAAGGAGAUGUCGUACUUCGCUAAAGUAACCUCCAAUGCGCCAGAAGGCAAGCAGAAUCGAGUCAUCAUGGGCAGGAAAACCUGGGAGAGCAUUCCGGCGAAGUUCAGACCCUUGCGCGACCGACUGAACGUUGUACUCAGCCGUCGGGCAGAGUUCAAACAGUGCGUCCACACAAUUCAAGUGAUUUAUUGGCGUCUCACGCAGACCGACAGGGCUGGAGCCGAUGUCUUCCCAAGCCUGAGUGCAGCCAUCGAUACAGCGGCCUCAGGACAAGCCCACCGCACGUAUGUCAUAGGCGGAGCGACCCUAUACAAGGAAUCCUUGGCACUCACACCGUCGGAGACCGAACCCUUCGUCGAUCGCAUUAUCAUAACGCGCGUUCUGGACCCGGCAUUCGAUGCGUGCGACGCGUUCUUUCCCGACUUCACAGCAGACAGUGCGUGGAGGCAGGCGACCCACGAUGAGCUUGAAGGGUGGUUGGGAUUCGACGUGCCGCGAGGCGUACAGGAGGAAAAGGGUGUCAUGUAUGAAUUCCAGAUGUGGGUGCGGUAG